AUGCAAACAAUUCAUGAUCUUUUCCAAAUCAUCACCAUAUGGACAAUUUGUUGCAUAGGUAUUUUAAAAGUACAGGCUGCAUCAGUAACCAAGACGUCUACUAAUGGAGCCACUAAUACAGUAACAAGUUUCGCAUCACAAACAAUUACCAACUCAGCGCAGAUGGUCUCUGCACGAUCAGAGGCAGCUAAUGUGGAUAUGCCAUUUUUCAUGGCAUUCCUAGAUGAUUUUGGAUCUCAAUUACCUCAAUAUACAUCGUAUAUGGCUCAAAAUCAUUUCACUUUACCUCAGGCAAUCGCUGAUUAUUAUUACCAUAUUGCAUUCCUGCCUGACACUGCAGAUUUGCAAGCUGAUAUUGCAAAUACAUUUCCAUUUAAUCAAUUUCAGACCUUUAUAACUGCAUUCCCAUGGUAUUCCUCUCUUUUAUCACAUGCUUCCGUUUCUACGAUCUACUUGCCAGAAGAUUUUAUAGAAAAUACUGCAAUUAAUAACGCAUCUAUUAUCCAAACUAGCUCUUCAUUAGAUGCCCCUUCCUCUUCUAUUACAUCCAGAAAAGCAUCAUCAACAAUUUCAUCGAAAUCUAUAACUUCCUCACCAUCAUCUUCUUCGUUUGUUACAACCUCUACUACUACUACUACUACUUCUUCUUCCACAACUAGAUCAAACAAUGCUGCUAAUAAUGAACUCAAAGUUUUAAAUCCGACCAUAAUGUUGUUAUUGAUCGGGUUAUUCUUAUAA